AUGGCUCAAAAGAAUCCAAUACCUAAUCCAACCCUGCCUGACCAUAUUGGCGCCUUCAUGGGCCGGGGGCUGCGAAGGGUGAAGAACAAUAGCAACAGCAGGCAGGACUCACAGGAAAGCACCGUCAGCACCUCGUCGUCCAUCAAAGAGUUUGAACUCUUCCAGCAGUUCUGCUCUGUUGAUGCUGUUUGUGAUUUUCAACUGAGUGAUCACUUGCCAAAUCAUCACCAGCAACAACUGGUCAACAACAAUUGUCCAGCAACACAACAACAACAACCACAGACCCAACAACAACCACAACCACAAACCCAACAACAACCACAAAUCCAACAACAACAACUGUCCAACAACACAGCCUGCAACACUCUCGACUAUCAACCAGACACCAGCAACUUCACACCUUCCCACAAAUCGACCAACCGACCAACGGCUCUAAUUCGAAACUCAAUUAAUGAUAAGUUAGAUAGGAUAUCUAUUUUGAAUAAAACUCCUGAUCAAAAAUCUGCCAAAACUGCAAACACAAUUUCCUCAAAAAUAGCAUCCCAAAAUUUAGUCGCCUCUCACAAAAAUCUAACAAGCAACCAUCUAACAAAUCACAACGACCAAACGGUAGCAACGAAUUAUCCAUUACAAACUUAUCCAAUCAAAAAUUAUCUUCAAAACAUUCCUCCCAGCCAUCACCACAGCUUCAAGGAUAUCGUAACCGCCUCGAACUGGGCAAACACAGAAAAUAUAUCGACGAUUUAUAGUAGCGAGUCAAAGCGAGACAACGGUCGAAGAAACCUCAGAAACAACAAAAAUCGACUAAAUGGUGGUUGCUCAACAAAUUUUUUUAGCGAUAGCUUGAGGUCGUUGAAGUUUCUAGCAGGUAAAGGAAGUAGCAGUAGUAGUAGUGGGAAGGGUGGAAGAGAAGGAGGAGUGGAUGGAUUGCUGAGAGAUUACGGGUGCUUCGUGGAGUUUCUCGAUGGAACGGUGGCGAGGUUCAAAUUCAACAAACAGAGCAUUGGCAGAGACCUGAUGUCUCAAGUAUUUGAUAGCCUGAAUCUUCUGGAAACUGAUUACUUCUCAUGCUACUACAGGGCCAGCGAUGCUUCAGCGAAGUUUUGGAUUAAGGAGGAUAAGAACUUAUUGAAGCAAGCGAGAGAUCACACAAACAACGACGCAAUGUAA